AUGAACUUCCUGCACGCCAUUGUUGCCAUGCUCAACAUAGCUGUCAUCAGCAACGCUGCUGUGGUCAGCUAUCCUCUCGAGAAAAGACCCCGCAGCAGGGAGCGAGCAUACCGGACUGGUGCAAGUUGCCGACUUUCCGUUGUGGGAUCUGUACGGAUAAGUACAGUGAUUGUCUCAAGGCCGGUUGUUGAAGAUGGUCGGGCUGAAAUAGGGACGUGGAGGGUACAGGCCCGAUGUUCAUGGGGUGGACAUGCUCAAUAG